CCGGCGGCUUCCCAGGCUCCUCUCCGGGUAAACAGCGAUGGCCGCCGAGGAAGGAGGUGGCGAGCCCCGUAACAACAUGGGGAACCACCUCCAGCUGGUGCCCGCAGAGAGCGAGGAAGAGGAUGACAAUGAAAUGGAAGUUGAAGAUCAAGAUAGGAAAGAAACUGAAAAGCCAAACGUCAUUAAUUUUGAUACCAGUUUGCCAACAUCCCAUGUGUAUUUAGGUUCUGAUAUGGAAGAGUUUCAUGGGAGAACAGUGCACGAUGAUGACAGCUGCCAGGUGAUCCCAGUGCUGCCCCACGUGAUGGUGAUGCUGAUCCCUGGACAGACCUUACCCCUGCAGCUCUUUCGCCCUCAAGAGGUUAGCAUGGUGCGGAAUUUAAUUCAGAAAGACAGAACCUUUGCUGUUCUUGCAUACAGCAACGUACGUGAAAGGGAAGCACAUUUUGGGACAACAGCAGAAAUUUAUGCCUACAGAGAGGAGCAGGAAUAUGGAAUUGAAACAGUCAAAGUGAAAGCAAUAGGAAGACAGAGGUUCAAGGUGCUUGAAAUAAGAACCCAGUCAGAUGGAAUCCAGCAGGCUAAAGUACAGAUCCUUCCUGAGAGAGUGCUGCCUUCAACCAUGUCAGCAGUCCAGCUCCAGUCUCUCAGCCGGUGCCACAUCUUUCCCUCUCCCAAACCCACCUGGCAGGACCGAGCUCUACAUCAGUGGUGGCAGAAAUAUCAAAAGAGGAAGUUCCACUGUGCAAGUUUGACAUCUUGGCCUCCCUGGCUCUACUCUCUGUAUGAUGCUGAAACCUUGAUGGAAAGAGUCAAGAGGCAGCUACAUGAAUGGGAUGAAAAUCUUAAGGAUGAAUCUCUUCCAGCAAACCCAAUAGAUUUCUCUUACAGAGUUGCUGCCUGCCUGCCCAUUGACGACGCGCUGCGGAUCCAGCUGCUGAAAAUAGGAAGUGCUGUUCAGAGGCUCAGGUGUGAGCUGGAUAUAAUGAACAAAUGUACAUCUCUGUGUUGUAAGCAAUGCCAAGACACAGAAAUAACGACCAAGAAUGAAAUAUUCAGCUUAUCCUUGUGUGGCCCCAUGGCAGCAUAUGUGAAUCCUCAUGGAUACAUCCAUGAAACCCUCACUGUAUAUAAAGCCUGCAACUUGAGUCUCAGUGGACGACCAUCUACAGAGCACACCUGGUUUCCUGGGUAUGCCUGGACUAUAGCCCAGUGCAGAAUCUGUGGGAACCAUAUGGGAUGGAAGUUCACAGCUACCAAAAAGGAGAUGUCACCUCAGAAGUUCUGGGGACUGACCAGGUCUGCUCUCCUGCCUCGGAUUCCAGAAGCAGAGGAUGACUCAGGCCAGGAUAGAACACCCCUGCUCUGCCUGUGAUCCAGUCACCUGCUCUGGAGGUGAACAGGCAGUAGGCUGUCUCUUAGAUGCAUCUGCUCAGUUCUGCUUCUGAUGCUUACUUAAACUUAAAAGACCCAGAACCCACUCCCCACACACAGAACCCAACCAACCAAGCAGGCUCACUCCAUCUGGGUUUGGUGUGCAUCCACAUCCCUGUCCUUGCAGAUGCACUGAGGACUGAAGGGUGAAUCUUUAAAAUGACAGCUGGGGAGAGGAGGUGGCAUGAGACACCAAGGAAUGGAUCUGAUCCAUCUGGGCAGGCUUGAGACUGAACUUUCUCCCUUUCUAUAAUUUCAGAAGAUGUUUUAUUGCUAUCAACUUGCAGUGAAAGGAGGUGGGGGAAAACUAAAAUUAGAAAUACACAUAGUGUAAUUUAUGCAAUGUACUGAUGGUGGUGAGAUACCAGUUACCUGCUGCAGAGUAUUCCCCAUGAUAUGUUUAGAAGUGUUCUUGCUGAGAAUCCCUGCUUCUGACUGUGGAAUGCUGCAGAUUUUGUGCUCUUGCUGUUUCUCAGAUAGCAAACAACCACGGAAGAGAGUAGAAGACUGAUGGCUCUUUUCUGGCAGGGCCUUGGCCACAUCAGUGGUGAAAGCAGGAGCUGCCUGCAGGGGGAACAGGCACCUUCCAGGGUGCCCUCUGAAAGGAACCCAAGUGAAGUAUUUGGUCCUCACAAGUUACCCCAUUUAUUCAGUCUAUUUGACUUUUAAAGUCUUGAAUUAUAACUUAUUUAUACAAAACACAGAGGUCAGUACCAGAACAUAAGCUACACUGUCAUUUAUUGUUGAAUGUGCUAAUGCUUACUUUUCAGAACUGUUUCUGUGCAGAUGAGUUUGCCACCAUACACGUGCAGGGGGCUGGGAAGAGCCCCCUCAAUACACAACGUGGGAGAUCUUUCAGCAGCAUUUAUUUUGACAAGGGACACAACAUAUCUUCAGUGAUUUUAUUUUUUUUCAUUUUCAUGUUGUAAAGUAACAUCUCACAUCAUCACCCUUACCUUACCAAGAGACAAGGUUUCUAAAUAAAACAGCAACAACAGGCAGUGCUUUCCUUGUGCACUGUGCUCAGGAGUUGGGUGCCAAAACUGAGCAGCUUUUCCCACUGGUUUAUUGGGGUUUUUGUGGUGAUGGGAACUGGAGGUGCCUUCAGUCUGUUUGUGUACAUGAACUCCUGGCUUUGUUUUGAAGCUUUAUCAUUCACUUCAUUUCUCCACAGCAGAUCCUUUGGGAGCUUGCAUUGUUGGGUAGGACACAAAACUACUGAAGAUUCAGACAUCAGCCACUACUUGCUGGCUCUCUGGUGUCCCUGCAGCAAACGUUUGUAGCCAGCAGAGGUGACUCCAGUGAUGGGGAUUUGGAUCCAGUGGGACAGGCAGUGGGUGUGAGGGGGGGUGAUACCUGUGACACCUGUGACAGGGCAGUGGGAAAGAGACUGGGAUGUGCAAAGCUGCUGGAGGCUCUUGGGCUGUGGGGUGGUGGUUUGGGCUGUGUAGAAAAUGAUUGUGCAACUCAGGUUCAGUUCUCUGAAGGCCUCUACCUCUGAGCUUCUCUGAUAACUUCUGUUCUCUCCACAGACAUCUUUUAAUUUUGUGUGCAGUGCUCUGAUGUGCCAGUGAGCUGGGAAUAGCAAUAUUCCUUUGAAUCCCACUCUGAACAAAUCAGGGGUGAAGGAUGGCUCAGUUCCUUCAAGUAAACAUUCUGGCUUUGGUUGUGUUUCUCUUAUCAGCCCUCAGAAGGCUGACAUGAUAAGCACUGGUGUGAGAGACUGUGAAACCUCUGGACUUGCAUCACCACUGAAAUCCCACUGAGCUUCCCUUGCUCCCUGCACACGUGUGCACACACCAUGCACACGUGUGCACACACAGACACACGGGGCUUAGCUCUAGGCUUGGUUUAUGGUUUCCCCUCAAAGCUGCCCAGCAGCUCUUGUUCCCAUUGCCCUCAGUGCGGUUUGUGGGUGACACCAAGUGUUAAAUGCUUUAAAGUCCCUUCUGCUGCCACUGGAUGGAAGUGUUGGCUGGGGCUCUGGUCAGUGAGGUUUUCACAAUUAUUCUUUUCUCAGCUAUUUAGUGAACUCCGUAAGGUCUCUGGGUUUCUGGACAAGUCUUAUUCUGCCUCAACUAAAACCAGCAUCAUGUUGGCCAUGUAUGACUCCAAAAACAGGCUUAUUUUGGGGAGUGUGUGUAUAUAGUCAAAUGUAAAUUUAUAUAAUUAAGUGAGAUAAGUCAGGAGUAAAUUGGUUUCAUUGUUGGUGAUGCUGUUCCAUCUGUCUUACCUCCUGUGAAAUGUUCACUCUUUUGAAAUCCCUGACACUUUCCAGGUUGAAGACCAGAGGGGUUCAGGCUGCCAGGAAGGGGCUGAACCCUGCUGUGGUGAAGCUGCCAUGAGGUGCUGCACAGCACCUGCCUAGGGCUGGUUCUGCACAGUAAGCAGCAUUUUCUGUGCUGCUUUUCUCCUUUUUUUGGAGAGAAAAUUUGGGAUUGUGGAAAAUUAUUACUGACAAAUGUGAACAUCACAUGGUUUGGAGAGCUUAAUGCAAAGGAAAUGACAUUUGAUGAUAAUUAGUUCUGUCUUUACUACAUUCUUUGGUUGAUGUGGAGUUUUGUGCAUUAAUUGAUACAAUUGGUGUGCUGGCUGCUCCCAAAGGGACAGUUUCCUCCUCUCCCACCACAAUCCCUGCCUGUUCUGAGGUGACAGGAGGUGGGCAGUCACAGGUUGGUGUCCUGGCUCUGCAGGACAACCGGGUGUCUGAUGGGGACAGGAGAGGGACAGCACCCAGGGAGCAGAGAGCUGCUCAUUCCCAAGCUGUUGUUGCACAAUCAGAGCCUCUAAUCCUGCAAGUUUUCAUAUCUUUUAGUUUAGUUUUGAUGAUGAGGGAGAA